ACUAGUUCCAACUUCAUAAAAAAACAAAGUCAAAGUCAUGAAGUUUUCACCAUAUGUCACAUCGUCUAGGAGGAAGCAGAGGAAGGCACAUUUUACAGCGCCAUCUUCUAAGCGUAGAAUUAUUAUGUCUUCUCCUCUAUCUAAGGAAUUAAGAGACAAAUACAAGGUUAAGGCGCUACCUAUUCGAAUCAAUGACGAUGUUCUAAUUACUCGCGGAAGUCAUAAAGGACGUGAAGGGAAAGUUACUCAGGUUUAUAGAAAGAAAUAUGUCAUAUAUAUUGAGAGGGUUGUUAAAGAAAAAGCCAAUGGAGCUACAGUACCAAUUGGGAUUAAUACGAGCAAAGUAGUCAUUACAAAGUUGAAAAUGGAUAAGGAUAGAGAAAGACUUAUUUCAAGAAAGUGCAGAAAUAAGUAAGGACUUUUUUUAAAAAAACUAUAUAUAGAUUUUGUAUUAUAAUAU